AUGGAAGAAAACCUGGACGGUGUAACCCCGUGCUCCUCAGUCGCCGUCGAGGCUAUCAUUCGUGUCGGAGCGGCCGGUGCAAUCUGGGGUUUGUGCGCUGGUCCCUACGACGCUCGUCAACAGGGUCUAACAGGCAUUGCUAAAGCUUCUUUUGUGGCAAACUCGGUUAGCAGGUCUGGGAUUCGAUGCGGGUUUUUAGCCGGCAUUUUCAGCGUUACGCGAUGCGGGGUUCAGAAAUACAGGGGGCAGAAUGAUUGGUCAUGCUUGACUAUACGUGAUGGGUGGUCUCAAUACUGCUUGGUGAUUACCGGGAGCUUUCUGCCGGAUUAUCGAUCUUGGAUUUCCAGAGCAUUGUUGCUAGCCCAAUUUUGUCAAUUUGUAUGUGCAUGCGUGAGAGGCCGGCCAUCUGAACUUGUAGAGCUCAUUGAUUGUUCAACUCGAUCAGUGAUGACUCCUUGCUUGUACACUGCAGAGCAUCAUCAUUCUCUCCGCGUUGAUCAGUGGCAGGUCAUGAGGUGCUCGGUCAAUGGUUUGAUUGGGGGUGCUGUAACAGGCGCUGCUGCCGCAGCUGCUACUGGAACGCGAAAUUGGGCACAGAUGAUUGGGAUGGCCGGUUUGGUAUACAUGAAAAAGUCAAAGGAGUUGCAACUCUUCACCUGUAGAUGGGUGCCCUUUUCUACCCCAAAGGCCAUUGUUUUCCUUUGUCAUGGUGCAAAUUCUUCUCUCUCUCCCUCUCAUAUUAGGUGCAAAUUCUUCUCUCUCUCCCGCAUAUUAGGUUAUGCCAUGGAAUGUAGCACAUUCAUGAGAGAGUGUGGUGAAAGGUUAGCCAGUGCUGGAUAUGCAGUGUUUGGAAUUGAUUAUGAAGGACAUGGACGUUCUGGAGGUGUUCGUUGUUUCAUAACUAGGUUUGACGACAUUGUUGAUGAUUGUGAAAACUUUUUCAGGACAAUUUGUGGUAAGCAGCUAUCAGAAAAACUAAUAAAGCAAAGUGCUAUAAUUGUGAAUGUAAUGACGAAGUUUGAAGAUAUCAUACCCAAGUGGAAAAUAGUCCCCACAAAGAAUAUCAUUGACUCUGCCUUCAAAAAUCCUGCCAAAAAACAAGCGAUAAGAAAUAACAAGUUGAUAUAUCAAGACAAACCCAGACUAAAAACAGCAAUGGAAAUGAUAAGAGCAAGCUCGGGUGUUGGAGAUAUUCUACAUGAGGUCACACUUCCAUUUAUAGUGUUGCAAGGAGAGGAUGAUACAGUUACUGAUCCAACCAUGAGCAAGGAAUUAUAUGAGAGAGCUAAUUGCGAAGACAAGACCAUUAAAUUGUAUAAAGGAAUGUGUCAUGGCAUAGCAAGCGGAGAGAGUGAUGAAAACAUUGCACUUGUGUAUAGAGACAUUAUAGAUUGGUUGGAUGAUCACUCUUACAAACCACAUUUUGUCUACUCCUUUAAUGAUUCCACAUUUGGAUCUCGUGCAAGUAGUAUCCAUAAAAGUUCAUAA